AUGAACCAGCAGGAUAAAACCAACUCACGAAGGGUAAAACAUGCUGCUUAUGCAUCCAUGGCAUCUGUUGUCGGGUCAAAGAGAGCUUGGAGUCGGGCCGUGCUUUCAAAGAUCCGUAACAGAUCUCUCUUGCUGAAGAAGAAGAAGAAGAAGAGAAGAAGAAGAUCAUCAGACGAGUUUGGUGAACUUCGAAAAAUAGUGCCUGGUGGUCAACUUAUGAAUUUCUACAAUUUAUUAGAUGAAACUGCGGAUUAUAUCAACUCUCUUACUUCACAGGUACAGGUUAUGAAAAAUAUUCUUAAUCUACUUUCAACUUGA